AAUCAUUUUGCAACGAUAUCGUUUAGAGAGCAUUUGAGAAAUAGCAAUUUGCCUAUUUCAGAGACAGUAUUAUCAAAGUCACUGGUUUUGGAAAAAAAAACGCACACCAUGUCUUCUAUCAGUUUUGUGUUCUUUGGCUUCGCACUGUUUCUUACGAGUCAUUUGGGUGACUGUGGCGUUCUUCGCGAAACCUCGUCAGAUGAAGUCGAAAAACGAUCUCUGAGCCGUCCAAGUAGUGACAUAACGCUGAAUUUCCAACAUGGUAUGCGAGAUUUUGUUGUCAAUGGUAAAGGUGUUGGCAUUCAGGGAAAGACGUUGGUCGCUUUCCAAGCUACGCUGACGUCGGGUAAUAUUGGACCCAACUAUUCCCUUGGUGCUAUUCGAUUCAACACCGUUGAUCUGAAUACUGGAAACGGUUACAGUGCGAGCACCGGAAAAUUCACUGCCCCCAUUGCAGGUCUAUACCAGUUUUCUGCAUCAUAUCUUCAACGACAUGGCUACAGCUCUCAUGUAAAACUGAUGAAAGGCAACACUGUUUUUAGUGAGUUACAUGCAAACCACAAAAACUACGAUCAACUAUCAAAGACCAUUCUUGUGGCUUUGGCAAAGGGCGAAACCUUUUGGGUUCAAUUGCACAGAAGCAGUACUUACGCUGUACACGGUGCAGGACGAUAUACUCAAUUUGGUGGUUUCUUACUUUCUCCCACUAAGUAGACUGAACAUGAUGUCUGAUGUGAA